UUUUGACCUGCUCUACCUGAAAUUCCCCAUUUCACGUCUCUUCCGUGCCGGACUGCCACUCGCCGGAUUUCACAUCCUGCAAUCGACCAGCCCGGUGAGCACCGGCGAGUCGCCGUGGAGGCCACCUCCGGUUGCUCCGUCAGGCGACGCGCGGCUCGGCUCCUGCGCGGCGCUGCAUCCACGGCUUCUUCCAACUCCAAGUGAGUGCGUACUGACUAAGCAACAAAGAUAUCUUUGGCCGUAACCAUGGCGAGCGCCUCCAGUGGUGCGAUCAACUCCCUCCUAUCCAAGCUCGCCGCGCUGAUGGGGGAAGAGUACGGCAAGCUGAGAGGCGUCCGGAAGGAGGUGGCUUCCUUGGAGGACGAGUUGAGAAGCAUGAGGGCCCUUCUUGAGAAGCUCGCCGCCAUGGAUGAGCUUGAUGGUCAGGCCAAGGAGUGGAGAGACCAAGUGAGGGAGAUGUCCUAUGACAUUGAGGAUUGCAUCGAUGAUUUCUUGCAUCAGCUUGACAAGAACAAUGGAAGCAAUGGAUUUGUUCACAAGACGGUUAAAUUUCUGAAGGAGAUAAGGGCACGCCAUCAGAUUGGUAACAGUAUUCAGGAGAUCAAGAACCUUGUGAAAGAGGUGAGCGAGCGCCGCAUGAGGUACAAGAUUGAUGAGUAUACCCCCAAUUCCAGACAUGUUCCGGUUGACCCGCGAGUGGUCGCAAUCUAUUCGGAGGCGGCUGGCCUUGUUGGAAUUGAUGCGCCAAGAGAUGAGCUCCUCAAAUUGCUGAUGGGUGAAGAGCAAGGGCUGAAGGUGGCUUCUAUUGUAGGUUUUGGAGGUGUAGGCAAAACCACGCUUGCAAAGGAAGUGUACCGCAAGCUUGAAAGGAAAUUUGACUGCGGCGCGUUUGUGUCGGUAUCUCAAAAACCUGACAUACCAAAACUUCUCAAUAGAAUAUUAUUGGAAGUUAGGGGGCAGUGCUCUGUGCACAACACCAAUUUGGAUGGGAUUCUCAAUGAUAUCAUAAAUAGUCUGCGGGAUAAGAGGUACUUCAUUGUGGUAGAUGAUUUAUGGGAUUCCUUUGAGUGGAACAUUAUUAGAUGUGCUUUUCCAGAGAACAAGUAUGGCAGCAGGGUAUUAACAACUACACGAAUUUUGUCUGUUGCUACCACCUGUUGCUCCAACAGUCAAGCGUAUAUAUAUAAGAUGAAAUCACUUACUGACCAAAAUUCACGAAAUCUCUUUUAUAGUAGAAUAUUUGGAUCCCAUGAAGCUUUCCCUAAUAAAUUUGAAGAGGUUACAACUAAUAUUCUAAAAAAGUGUGAUGGCUUGCCACUUGCAAUCAUCAGUAUAGCUAGCCUUCUAUCUGGUCAACCAUAUAUCACCUGGGAAUAUGUAAAUAAUUCUAUGAGGUCCAUGUUUGAAGGAAAUCCUACCUUGGGUGGAAUGAGGCAGAUACUGGAACUGAGCUACAAUAACCUUCCUCACCAUCUUAAGACAUGCCUUCUAUAUGUCAGUAUGUAUCCAGAGGACUACAUAAUAAAGAAGAAUGAUUUGGUAAGACAAUGGAUAGCUGAAGGCUUCGUGAGUAAAAUCAGUGGUCUAGAUGUGGAUGAUGUUGCAGGUAGCUACUUCAAUGAGCUUAUCAAUAGGAGCAUGGUUCAACCCAUAUAUACAGAUUACAAUGAUGAGGUGUUAUCCUGCAGAAUACAUGAUAUAAUGCUGGAAAUUAUCAGGUCGAAGUCUGCCGAGGAGAACUUCUUUUCUGUAAUAGAUGAUCGUACUGUGGCACCAGGACUGCACACGAAGAUCCGUCGAGUUUCUUUCCACUAUGCUGAUGAAGAGGACGGUGUGAUACCAGCAUCAAACAAUAGAUCACUGUCACAAGUUCGUUCAGCUGCAUUUUUCAAAAACAGUUUUAGGCCUUCAUCCUUGGAGUUCAAAUAUGUGCGAGUUCUACUUCUUGAAUUUCCUCGGAGAUGGAGGGGAAAAAGAGUGGACCUUACAGGUAUCUGUGGAUUUUCUCUGCUGAGAUAUUUAAAGAUUUCACAUGAUGUCAAGUUGGUGCUACCUAGCCAACUUGGUGGGAUGUGGCAUUUGGAGACAAUUGAGCUGCAUACAUCAGAAGAAUUGAGCAUUCCAUCAGAUAUUGUUAGUUUGCCCCAUUUGUCACAGCUGUUUAUUCCAGCAAAUACAGUUCUGCCCAAUGGGAUUGGCGACCUGAAAUCCUUGCGUAACCUAGAGUGGUUUGAUUUAAUAAAAAACUCAAUGAGCAAUAUUGAAUGCCUUGGUGAGCUGACCAACUUAAGAGAUCUUAAACUUGACUGCAGCAGUAGUGAGCCCUUGGAGGAUGUGACUAGCCGUAUUGAAGCCCUGCGCUGUUCCCUUGAACGACUCUCGCGAUCUUCCGGCAGCCUCAGGAACAUCGUUCUGCUGAAACAUUUUCCUUCAUGGUUGCAGGUUGAUGGCUUGAGCACACUGUCCCCUCCACCGCGCCAUCUCUGGAAGCUCCAUCUGGAACGUUGCUUGUUUUCCAGGAUACCCUCAUGGAUCGUACAGCUUCGUGACCUUCACAGCUUGAAGCUUACGAUUAGGAAGGCAUUGCCCAUGGAUGAUGGUGUUACUAUUCUUGCAUGUUUACCUUCCCUUGUUCACCUCGACUUGAGGCUUCUAGUGUGCCCAGAAGAAAGAGUCAUCUUCUCCGGUACGGGCAUGGCAUUCCGAGCUCUCAAGCACUUGCUGUUCAGGUGUCAUAAGCCAUUCCUGGACUUCAAAGCUUGUUCUAUGCCCAGGUUACAGAAGCUUGAGCUAUGGCUUGAUGCAACGGGAUGGUAGAAAUGCAGCGGCACUUGCUUACCUGUUGGCAUUGAUCACCUGCCAGCAUGCCUAAGAGAAAUUCACAUAAACCGGGAUUAUGGUGCUGACAGACGUGACAUAGAAACUGCAAAAUCUGCGCUGAGUAGCUUAUUUGCCACACAUCAUCCUGGUGCUGGCUUGAUUUUUGGAGGUGCACCUUGGAAUUAUCCUUCUAAUGACCCUGACCAGUGGUGACUACUUGUGAAAGAAAGAUGCGGUUUGGAAGGCUUGAACAGUUGAACCCAUUGACUUCACUUGAUAAAAGUGUCCGAGCUAUUCUCUAACCGGAAACAAGUUGCUAAGAUUUUGUUGACGAGAAUGCACAAGAGAGAGGAUCAAUGAGAGGAGAGAGUGAACAGAGAGCAAGCAUUUGAAUGAUGAACAGCGAUGACCGACAAGUUAAGUUGAACGCCAGUUCAAGUGCCCUUUGUCUUUGAAGAAUGAAAAUGAAGUGUGCUUUGCAGCAUCCUGGAAAACCAUAAAUAUAGUGGACUGCAGUGCUAGAGAGGAAGAAUGCUUCUAGACUGUAGACCAGCAGGAAACAAGAAAAAGGGAAAUUCGUUUAUAAAGGAUAUGGAAUCCCCCCCAUUAUGUAGGGUUUCUCCUCCUUGUUUAUCCAUCUGCCGCCGCUCGCCUAUCUACGCUGCCGGGGCACGCACCGCCUCCGAUCUGCCGGAUUCAGAUGGGUAGUUGGGUCAUCGGGCCUGCUCCGGAGAUUUCUGAGCUAGAUGAGCGGGCUGCCAUGUACCGUGAUAAGAGGAAGGCCAUGGAUUACGUCAGGAAUUGGAUUUGCCCCGGGUGUAGGAAGGAGUACGAGCCUAUCAAGAAUAUGCUUGUAGACUUGCCUCCAUUCGGGUGUGUUGACUGUGGUUUGAAGAACGAUGCAGCUUACGAGUGGAAGAUAACUCAAUGUACACUCAAUGGUAUUUCUUUGGAUUUUAAGACCUAUGAUCAAAAACUUGAACCACAUUGUACUCUAUAUGCAAUUACUGCGGUAAUUGAUUGUACCCGUAGACUGGAAGGAGCACAAAAGGGAUUUGUGUUUUCUGCUCCAUUUGAUAUAAAUGAGAUGGUUGAGACAUAUAACAAAAGGACUGGUUUUAAACUAGGAAAUGAACCUCAAGAUAAGUUAUAUGAGACUUAUGAUAAUUGUCCAAUUGUCAUGGAAGUUCUAAAAAGUGAUGGGAUUGCUAUAUUGAUUGGAGCUUCUGAUGUUACAACAACUCCAGUCCCACGCCUUAAGAUUCAAAGUUAUUUUCGUGUUGACCCUAAGGAUGUUCUUUAUAUAACUAGAUUGUUGGCAGGAGGCUUCCCAUUAGUAGCAGGGAUUCGUCACGGUUUCCUAUUUAAUUACUUAAGUGAUGGUCAGUAUUAUUGUGCCCCAACAUGUGAGAACACUAGUGAUGCUCAUGCAGUUGCUUUGAUCGGAUGUGGAGUAGGGUCUAAUGGCAACAAAACAGAAACAUUUUACAAGGUUAGAAAUUCUCACGGGAUAAAAGCUCAUUCUCAUUAUCAGAAGAGAGAGUUUGGUGGAGACUUCAUUGUGUGGUCAUCUGACGUUACUGAUGUCUGGGGUUUGUAUUUAGCCCAGCAUGAAUGUUGAUGUUGCGUGACUCUACCAAGUGUAUGGGGUUUGUAUUUAGCACAACAUAAAUGUUUGAUGUUGUGUGACUAUCAAGUGUAUGACUGUAUCGCUUGAUUAUUAGUUUGAGAAACUAUGUCUAUGUCUGGGGGGGUUUAUGAAUGUUAUGUUGUGUGACUACUAAGUAAGUGUUUGACUGUAUGCUUGAUUAUCUUGAAGAACAAAUUAUUUGUCUUAUAUAUUCGCGCCACUCUUUUAAUUA